AUGUCGGCCGAACCACGAGCCACACGGAGCGGCAGGGUCAGUCGGCCCGUCGUCAGGCUGCAAUCCCAGUUCACCGCCGCCACCGUCGCCGUCGCGGCCGCGGCCGCCAGUGUAUCUUCGUCUGCCUCGGCAUCACCAUCCCAUCAUCGAAGUGCAAAGUCCAACUCUGCCCAGGCUGCGGUUGGUGACGAUGCCCAUGUCAAGCGCGAGGACGAAGAGCAGUCGCGCGUCGAGCCGCUCGACUCGGUCAAACGAUCACCGCGGAAGCGCCGCAAGGUCGCAGGCAACGCCGAGCCGUCCGCCCGCCGGGUAAAGCAGGAGGAUGCCGCGUCGAUCAAGGGCGAUGCCGACGACGGGACGGUAGCCCGCGCGGUCAAGAAAGAGGACUCCUUAGACGCUCCCGACGACCCCGAUGUCAAGCCCAAGCAGCGGCGAAGCAGGAAGCGCGCCGCCGCCGACGCAUCGCCCGAGAUCUUCCCUCCGCGCAUCCUGGGAUCCACGCACCACGUCGGCGCACAUAUCUCGUCCGCCGGUGGCGUCGAGAAUGCCCCGCUAAACGCCCUCCGGAUUGGCGGUAACGCCUUUUCCCUCUUUGUCCGGCCAAAGAUGCAGUGGGCCUCGAAGCCCUUGACCGAUACCAACACGUCGCAGUUCCACGUGCGCACCAAGGAGCACGGCUACGGCGCGCCGCACGUCGUGCCGCACGGAUGCUACCUGAUAAAUCUUGCCAAUCCGGACGAGGCCAAGCGGGCCAAGUCGUUUGAGGCCUUCAUGGACGACCUGCAGCGAUGUGAGGCGCUCGGCGUCGCCCUCUAUAACUUCCAUCCCGGCAGCACGGUUGGCGAAUGUACAAAGGAAGAGGGCUGUCGGAACAUCGCAGACGCCAUCAACAAGGCCCACGGGCUGACGAAGAGUGUCACUAUCCUCAUCGAAAACAUGGCGGGUGCCGGCAACCUCAUCGGAGGCACCUUCGAGGAGCUCAGAGACAUCAUCGGCAACGUCACGGACAAGUCGCGCGUCGGCAUCUGCCUCGAUACGUGCCACGCCUUCGCGGCCGGAUACGACAUGACGAGCCGAGAGGCGUACGACGCCACCAUGUCCCAGCUCGCGUCGACGGUCGGGUUUGAGUUCGUCAAGGCGGUCCACCUCAACGACAGCAAGACGCCGCUGGGGUCGCACAAGGACCGGCACGAAAACAUUGGCGCGGGCCACCUCGGCCUGUUCGCCUUCUACGCGCUGAUGAACGACGAGCGCUUUGCGGGCAUCCCGCUCAUCCUCGAGACGCCAGGCGGCGACGACAGCGCCAUGCACGAGGUGUGGAAGCGAGAGGUGGCUGCCCUGUACUCCCUCCAAGGGCUUCCGCCGGACCCGACGACGUGGACGACGGCGCACGCGCUCCUCUCAGAAGUACAGGAGAUCCGUCUCCGCACUAAAGCCGAGCAGGAGGCGAAAAAGGCUCGACUUGAAGCGAAACGUGGGAAACUUGAGGGUCGAGUAGAGGCGGAGGAGUCGGGCAGCGACUGA